UACAAGUAAGUACACCGGACCGGAACCCGCCACCUCUCCCCGCCCGCCGCUUCGCCGCACCGGGGACCCGCCAGCGAUGAUACUCCGGCGGCUACACCUACAUGCCUGCGCCUCCCGCCGAUCCCUCGCGUACGCUGCCGCCGCCGCCCUCUGCGGAACCGCGCCGCGCACCUUGCCUUCCGCGGGGCUCCUCCGUCGCCUCCACGACGCGGCGGGAGACGGCCCUUCUUCGGAUUCCGAGCACGGCCGCAGGCCAGGUCCCCUUACGCUAUAUAGGAAUCUAGUAAGCCAAGGGAAACUCACUUAUGACAGCUACCAGGAAAAUGUAGCUUCCGAGUUAGACAACUUACUCAGAAGACUCCAACAAUAUGAGAUGGAAAUGGAGGAUUACCAUGCGCAGCUGUACAUAUGGGAGAAUAGCAGGGAGAAAGAGAGGCGAAGGCUUCUUGUUGAAGAAGCUGAAGAUAAGCAGCGUGAUGGUGUGUGGAUAGAUGAGAAAAGGGGAUUUCUUGACAAGUUGGUUACACGGAGAAGAAGAGGAAAUAUAGAACCUGGAGUUGGUAAGUGGGUCUCAUACCUGAACCGAGAGAAGAAAUUAGAUAAACUGGUGGGCCAGAGACCAGUUUCUCCUGUUGCUCCUAAAGGAUUGUAUCUCUAUGGAAAUGUUGGAAGUGGGAAGACAAUGCUGAUGGACAUGUUCUAUGGGGCAACUGAAGGUGUUAUCAAACACAGGAGGAGGUUUCACUUCCAUGAGGCCAUGCUUGAAAUACACGAUCAUAUGCAUGAUGUAUGGAAGAGACGUGAUGAUGACAAAUCUGUUCAGUCAAGUGCUUUCAGCUGGAUAUCAAGCCUCCCUUUUGAUGCAAAAAUUAAGGAGUGGCUGAUCGGGGAAGAGAAGUACAAACAAGAGACACAGCAAAAGCAUAUCCUUUUGGCUGUUGCUGACAAGUUUUUGGUUGAUAGACAAGCAAAUAAAACCGGAGCAAGCAUUCUAUGCUUUGAUGAGAUACAGACUAUUGAUGUAUUCGCAGUUGUGGCCCUGUCUGGCAUUCUAAGCAGAUUGUUAAACACAGGGACUGUACUGGUAGCAACUAGUAAUAAAGCACCCGAAGAUCUCAAUCAGGAUGGGAUGCAAAGGGACAUCUUCCUGGAGUUAUUAUCAAAAUUAGAUGAAAAUUGCAAUAAGAUUCUUGUGGGAACUGAAAAGGAUUAUCGUCGCCUAAUUCCAACAGAGGGCUCAACUCAGGUUCACUAUUUUUGGCCUGUUACUUCUGAUACUUACAGCAUGUAUGAGGCUAUGUGGCAUGACAUAACUAACCAAAUAGGAGGAGACACCAUUUCUGUCACCAUUCCGGUAAUGUUUGGAAGAUCUAUUGAGAUUCCUCAAAGCUGUAAUGGUGUGGCAAGAUUUGACUUCGAGUAUCUAUGUGGUCGCCCAGUCGGAGCUGCAGAUUAUAUAGCAAUAGCCAGGAACUACCAUACUAUUUUCAUAUCAGAAAUUCCAGCUAUGAGUAUGAAGAUCCGUGAUAAGGCAAGAAGGUUUAUCACCCUUAUUGAUGAGCUGUACAAUCAUCACUGCCGUCUUGUAUGCCUAGCUGCCUCAUCCAUUGAUGAUCUUUUCCAAGGAACUGAGGAAGGACCCCUUUUUGAUUUAGAGAGUUUUCAAUUUGAAACUGAGGCCGAGGGGACAAAGCUAAGGAGGGAUGUUUUAGCAGAAGGCAAUGUUGGCUUGAGGCCUUCUACUUGUGGGCUUGUGGCAAUAUUGUCUGGUCAAGAAGAGAUGUUUGCGUUCCGCAGGGCGAUAUCUCGGCUUAUCGAGAUGCAGACCCCACUGUAUCUGGAGCGUGUGCAGCAUGCCCAUCCCUCCUUCCAACUGCAGGCUGCUCCUGCUGUAGCAAGCAACAAUAGGACUUGUGUUUCUCAGUGUGCUCCAUCGGUCUGACAAGAGGCAGGCAGCUCUUACUGGAUGUACCAUAGUUAAGUUGUUGGUUCGCCGGAACGACGACAGUUAAUAAGGGCAAAUCUGAAACGAUAGCAAUGCUGAUACCCAGCGCCCAUGUAAAUGAUAAGAGUAAUCACAGAAAGAAACUCCCGUGGCAUAAAACAUGUAUAUGGGGGCACAGCCCGUCGUCUCGUGGCUCUGUGAAGGCAGAACAGAGCCCUUUCGUUGCUUGCUUAGAUGAAGAAA